AGUUAACAAAAUGUAUUAUGACAUUGCUUUGUGUCGAGGUAAACCCUAAAUCGUAAUUCAUUUUGCACAAUUCUAUAUAAAAUAAUAAACAAUUGUUAAUAAAAACUUUACUCCAUGCGUUUAUAAUUAUUUUAAUCAGAUAUAUAAAAACUGUAAAUUUAAAUUCCAAUUGUUAGAAAUUUAAACUCUCUGUGAAAAUAAAAACAGGAGUUCGAAAAUGACGGAACCAAAAGUUGAAGUCGUAAUAUCUGGUAUUGGAGGCCUUUUCCCGGAAUGCAACAAUUUGGAUGAACUGAAAAAUAUGCUGUUUGACAAAAAGAAUGGAGUGACUUCAGAUAGCAGGCGAUGGACACCCGGAACACUAGGAACACCACAUGGAGUUGGUAAAAUAAAAACUCCCGAAAAAUUUGACAAUGUAUUUUUUGGUAUACAUAGAAGAAUGGCUGAGAGUUUGGAUGCUUUAACUAGACUCAGUUUGGAAAGAUCUGUGGAAGCAAUAGUUGAUGCAGGAAUAAAUCCAGCUGAUUUAUCCGGAACCAAUACUGGUGUCUUCAUGAAUUCUUGUGUUAGUGAAUCAGAGUUUUUUGAAGUUUUUGAUACACAUCAAAAAGGGUUUGGUCUUUUAGGCCAUAACAGAGCAAUGCAAGCAAACCGGUUGUCUUAUACACUUAACUUAAAUGGACCUAGUUACACAACUGAUGCAACAUGGAUUGGUGGAUCACAAGGUAUUGUGAGAGCUAAAAGAAUGAUUGAAGAUGGAGUAAUAAAUGCAGCAAUUGUCGGAUCAUGUAAUUUAUGCUUGAAUCCUAAUAUAUCUCUUCAACUGGAAGGAUUAGGAAGAUUAACAAAGACAAACGAAACUAGGUCGUUUAGUGAUGAUGCAAAUGGAAUGAACAGAGCUGAAUCUUGUGUAGUAGUGCUGUUGCAGAAGUUAUCUGAAGCAAAACGUUCUUACGGAACUAUACUAGGUGCGACUGGUAUAUUUGGAGAAACAGAUGAUUUAUUUUGUCAUUAUUCUGAUCACUUAUAUAAAGAAAUACUAUUAAAUGCUUACAAAGAAGCUAAUAUAGAUCCGGCAAAAGUUGCGUAUAUCGAAGGUGAAGGGUUAGGCAUUAAGAAAAUAGAUGCAAUGGAACUGAACAUUUUGGGUGAGGUAUUCUGUACCCCAAAUAGAAUAGAACCAUUAAAAGUCGGUUCCGUAAAGAGUAAUGUCGGGCAUUGUGAAGCUACUUCAAGUUUAGUGUCAAUAGCUAAAGCGCUUAUUGUUUUAGACUCGGGAUACAUACCACCAAAUAUAAACUAUUCAGAGCCAAACCAAUCUUGUCCAGCUCUUUUGUCUGGAAAAUUGGAAGUUGUCACUGAAAAAACUCCAUUGAAAGGUGAAAUAGUUGGUAUUAGCUCAUUUGGUUUGUGUAAUUCUUUCAGUCAUAUAAUUUUAAAACAAAAUAAGAAAAUUAAAACAAAAGCUUAUGAAAUUGGAGAAAUAUUUGAAGACGGUUUACCACGAAUUAUAUAUGUAUCCGGUCGAAACGAAGAAGGUGUUAUCCAGUUUUUAGAGUGUAUAAAAAAUAGAAAUAUGGACGAAGAGUUUGCAGCUCUUUUACAAAGCGUUUUUUAUAAAUCUAUGAACGCUCAUUACUACAGGAGCUUCACUAUAAUCCCAGACAAAAAUGAUGGAUCACAAGAAGAAAUAUCGUACCUUCCAGCGAUAAUAAAACGGCCUAUUUGGUUUGUAUUUUCUGGAAUGGGAUCACAGUGGAAUGGUAUGGGAAAACAGUUAUUAAAUAUUCCUAUAUUUGCUGAAUCAAUACGCAAAUGUGAAGCUAUAUUAAAGCCGAAAGGUGUUGAUCUCAUUGACAUUUUAACAAACGAAGACCCCAAACUUUUCGAUAAUAUACUAAACUCAUUCGUUGGUAUAGCUGCCAUACAGAUAGGUUUAUUUGACGUGUUGAAGAGCAUUGACGUUGUGCCUGAUGGCAUUAUUGGUCAUUCAGUCGGCGAAUUGGGAUGCGCCUAUGCUGAUGGUUGUUUCACUGCGGAGCAAAUGAUACUGGCUGCGCAUGCAAGAGGUAGAGCUUCGAUAGAGACUAAACUCGUCGAUGGGUCAAUGGCUGCGAUAGGAUUAGGGUACAAUGCCAUUAAAGAUAGGCUUCCACAUGAUAUCGAAGUUGCUUGUCACAAUGCGUCUGACAGCAGCACUUUGUCUGGGCCAACGGCUAGCGUAUCGAGUUAUGUUGAAAAAUUGAAAUCAGAAGGAGUAUUUGCCAAACUUGUUAAUGUUUCUAAUAUUGCAUACCAUAGUCAGUUUAUAAAACCAGCUGCGCCGACAUUACUCAAGUAUUUGAAAGAAGUUAUUCCAGAACCAAAGCCUCGAUCAUCAAAAUGGGUGAGCAGCUCCGUACCUGAAUCCGAAUGGGGAAAUGAAGUUGCAAAGUACAGUUCACCUGAAUAUCACACUAACAAUCUUCUGGGACAAGUAUUAUUUGAAGAAGCUUCCCGUCAUAUACCCGAAGAUGCAAUUGUAAUUGAAAUCGCCCCCCAUGGGCUUUUACAAGCCAUACUUAAACGAUCAUUACCAGGAAAAGUGACAAAUAUAGCGCUUACACAUAGAAAUACAAAAGAUUCAGUCAGAUUCUUAUUAAGUGCUUUUGGAAAGAUGUAUAAUAACGGUAUGAGUCCUAACAUUGAAGCAUUCUACCCAUCAAUAAAUUAUCCAGUUAGCAGACAAACUCAAGCUUUACAUUCUAUAUUUCCUUGGGACCACAAAGAAGAAUGGUCAUUAAAGAGUAUGACGCAGAUAUCUUCAAGAAUUACAGGCGAAAGAAAUUUUACGUUACAUAUAAAUAAUGAACAUAUUUUAUUCGAUUACAAAAUCAAUGGGCGAUUUAUUUUGCCUAACUCUUUCCUUUUACUUCAAGUAUGGAAAUCAUUUAUAAUAAUUCAAAAUGAAUUAUAUUUUGAUGAGAUAAUUGCAUUUGAGGAAUUGAAUUUCCACAGAAAUAUUGAAAUUGCAGCAAAUGAUACAUUAGAAUUCUAUUCACUUAUACAAUGUGGAAGUGGUAACUUUGAAAUAUGCUUGGAAAAUGAAGUAAUAGUUUCGGGGAAAAUAUUACGACCAGACGCUAUUGAUAUGACUCCAAUAAAACCAAAGAUGAAGUACCUAGAUACAGUUUCUGAUUUACCACACAGUUCAAUUUCAAAACAUGACUUGUACUCAUUGUUGGAGCAUAAUGGAUAUGAACUCGGUGAACAAUUUAAGACCGUGACAAAUAUAGAUCUACAUUUUGAAGAAUAUCGAGGAAACGUAAAGUGGGACGGUGAUUGGAUGAAAUUCCUUAAUGGAAUUUUUACAUUUCUUAUUCACAAAAGUAUGGAAACCAACGACAAUCCAGCAGAUGUAUCAUUUAUUCGUAAAAUGUAUAUUGAUCCAUCUUAUUUUAAAGAUUCCAUGGGAAAAGAUGUUCCUAUUUAUUAUAAUUUUAAUGCUAACGAAAUAAACUGUGACGGGAUAUACAUUUUGCAUCCAGAAACCAAACCAUUUUCAAUAACCACAUUAAAUCCAUUUGAACUGCGAUUAGAAGAAGAACAAUUUGUACAAUUAAAUAAUCCAAAUUGUGAGAACGAAAUUAAUUUUAUCAAUAACUGUCUGCAACUCAUAUUUGAAUGUAAAAAAUUUCAAUCAAAUCCCAACAUGAAUAAUUUCAAAAUUUAUUACAGUAACAAUGAUAAAAAACUAAAUCAGUCCGUCACACUAGUGAAGCAAAUGCUUGACAUUCAGAUUGGAAUUCAACACACAAUUACGAGUUUAGAUAAAACUAAUCCGGAAAAGUUUAUUAACAAUGACCACAAUAUCAUAUUAUUACCAUAUGAUCAAAUGACAAAUGUUGUUUCUGUUUUAAAAAAUACUAAAAGAGUUCAUUUAUUGGUGUCAUCGAAAGAACCAAUGUCUAGUACCAAAGAAUGGAAUGUUAUUAUGCAACAACAAUUGAAUGGACACUAUUUGGUUUUGAUCAAAAAGAUCAAAGAAAUAAAAAUAAUUGGUGUAAAAUUGGAAAAUAUUUCGGACCUUCAAAAUUUUUUCGAAAACGUUAAAAAUUCUCUAGUAGAAUGUAAAAAAACAAAAAGUUAUCUUUACAUUUUUACGAAAGUCGUACCAUAUGUAAAAUUAACAAGAUUUAUGGAAGAAUUGUUACUUAAAAAUAAAUCAAAUAAGAUAAGAUUUGUUUUCUUAUUGGACAAUUCGGGUCCUGAUUUCAAUAUUGAUCAUACAUUUUAUGCUGAACAGUUGGGCAAACAAUUGUUUGUAAAUAUUUAUAAAGAUGGCAAAUGGGGAACCAUUGUCAGGAGUCUUGUUGACAAUUCCAGUCAUAACGUCUCCGCAGACAAAACGAUUGCGACUUACAUCAGUGAUCUCAAAUUAGAUGGCCUGAAUGUCAAGUACUUAGGAAUUAACUUCCAGGAUAUAUCUGUAAAUAAUAAUAUGAUAGACAACGAACUUGGUCCUUUGGAAUAUUCUGGGAAAACGAUUGAUGGUAAGAAGGUAAUGGGAAUUGCGCCAUUUGGAAAAAAUGCAUCUGAUCAAAUUUCACCGGAUCCACAUUUAGCAUGGAUAAUUCCAUCGGACCUGACGUUUGAAGACGCUGCUACUAUUCCGAUGUCUUAUUCAAUGGCAUAUUAUAUGCUGACUGUUUUAAAAAUAUCAGAUGAAAUAUUUGAAAAAACGAUGUUGGUAAAUGCUGGGUUCCACGCAGUUGGACAAGCAGCUAUUGCUGUAGCUAUAUCGUUAGGAUACUCUGUUUAUACCACAGUUGAAAAUAAAGAACAAUGCACACUACUUAAGAAUAAAUUUCCUUCGCUUCCGGAAUCCAGAAUUUUCUGUUAUUAUGAAAAUUUUGAAGUGAAACUUAAAAUGGCUACCAAGGGAAAAGGUGUAGCCAUAAUUGUAAAUUGUCUCCAAGGCCACGAUUUUUACGCAGCGGUUCGAUCAAUAGCAAAUCAUGGAUCAUUUUUUCAACUGACUAAAACUGCCAUGAAAAAUAAAGAAAAACUUGGACUGCUUGUUUUUUUGAAAUGUAUUACGUUUUAUGGUGUUAGUCUAGAUAGCCUGUUGGCAGAAUCUAGUGAAGUUAAACAGGACAUUCAGAAUGAAGUUCAAAAAGGAAUAGAUCUCGGUAUUGUCAAACCGUUUGAUAGACAAGUUUUAACUGGUCCUUGUUCAAGAGAACAAGCUAUACAAUCAUUGCACUUAUCAUCUCAAGGAGUAGAAUCUAGUCGAGUUGUGUUGGCUCUAGAAGAAGAAAAGACAUUAGGAAAGUUCUUAAAAGGAUCAGAUCUUGAGAAAUAUCAAUGCUAUUCUAAUCGAGUAUAUUUAAUUGUUGGAGGUAAAUAUAGUACUUGGAUCGAUAUUGCUGAAUGGAUAGUAAUGAGAGGAGCUCGAAAGAUUGUUGUGGCGUUAAAAAAAUACUCCAUGUCUACCACUGCAUCGAGGAGGUUUAAUUUACUUAUAUCACGCUAUCAAAAUGUUAUGAUACAAAUAGUAUCGGAUUCAAACUUGAACUCAAAGGAAGAUUUAAUUCUGUUAUUAAAUGAUACAACAGCAAUUUAUCCUCUUGGAGGAGUCUUUUUUGCAACGUUGAGUGAUGAAGAAUAUAAGAUACGCAACAUUCAAUAUGUCCUUGAAGGCGAUCCAUCUUUUAGGAACCUGAAACCUUUAUUUGUUUGUAUUAUGAGUGGUGGACAAAACACCUGUACAGAAUUAAGAGCAAACGGUGUUUGUCCAAAUACCAUUUGUCUUUCAUGGAGUUUAGUGACUUCGGAACCAGAUUUUUCUAAUAUAGUGCCAUCAUUAGAUAAACUUUUAUUAAGUGUCGAUAAAAUUUCUUCAUCUACAAUAAUAUGCACUGAAUAUGACAAGAAGUUGAUUGCAAGCAGAGAAUUUUAUUCGAAACUGAUUACGGAAUUGCCUGGUUCUAUUGAUGAACUGAACGCUUUUGGAGACACAAUUACGGAAGAAAUUGAUUUUAUAGAAGUGCCUACAAAGAGUCCCCGAUUUGCAGAUUCCAUAGGUUUGCCUGUGUUUAUCGUUACAGGAUUUCUGCCCCAAAGAAUGAAAACAAUUUAUGACAAUCUAAUUUAUCCAGCAUUCGAAGCAAGAUUGCCUGAAACUAUAGAGUCCAUUGAACACGUGGCGAGAAUACUCGUACAGAAACUCAAAUCGAUCACCAAAUGCGGUAAUGUUUCUCUAAUCGGUAUGUCUUGGGGGGGUGCUGUGUGUGUGUUGAUAGCACAACUGUUGGAAGCAGAUAACAUUGCAGUGAGCUUAACACUGUUGGAAGGUAUACCAAACGUAUUCCAAGAAUGGACGAAAAGUCUGCUUCAGUACGGAAGUAUUAAUUCUAAAUUGUUAUUGAACUAUUUUCAAAUCAGCAGUACGAUGGCCAGAGGAAUAUCUACGAAAAACGGUUGGAAUACAGAGUUACCUAAAGUGUUAUCGUCAAACAAAUUGUUGACCACUGAUAAAACUUUAAAGGCAUUGAAUGCAAUACGUUCUAGAUUAAGCACUUUGUUUGAAUUAAGACCACUUCCCAAUAGGAUAAUCGCAAAAGUCAAAGUGGUUUCUAGGACUAUUAACGUUGAAAAAUCAAAAUCCUAUAAACUAGAAGAAUUUUGUGUUCGAGACCCCGAAGUUAUUUUGUUUGAUGAAAAAGACUACGAAAAAAUGCUAUCUGAAAAGAAACUAUCUCAAUUUAUAAAUAAUAACAUAUUACACUAUCAUCCAGACACCAACGAAAUUCCAAUCACAGAAUUAUACAAACGCGCUGAACUUAAUGCUAUUGGUCUUUGUUUAAAUUGAAAGAAGUAC